AUGGAUAAUUCAAAUGGCAGGAGAAAAUGGAGCAACGCAGAACCCAACAUUCAGGUUCCUUUAAAUGUUCCAGCAGCUAAAGAAGAGGUGCCUCCACAGUAUGAACAUUAUCUUCACUUGUUGCAGGAGAGAAAUAGAUUGAUGCGGAGGUUGCAGAAGAAGGACAAAAAAGAAAUUGAACUGGAAAAGAAGGAAAAGGGAUUUACACUUUAUUUGAACAGCUCCUUCUCAAGUGAUCAAACCAUUCAGGCCAAAAAGGAUAGACGACAUCACAAAUACAGAUCUAAAACUGCUGAUAACUUACAAGGAUCAAACUUUCCAGGUCUGCAGUUUGGUAAUCAGGCAACAAGCAGAUCUGCAAGCCAAGUCAAGGGGAAAAGAAAAAACUGGUGUAUUGGCUCUGUUGAGUUUACAACAGCAGAUGGGCAGAGGCAGAAAAUAAAACCUCCAGAGCGCCUGACAGGCAAGUAUGCUGAUGACUUUGAAAGCAGCACAGACAGUGAUUGUGACCCUUCCGAACUUAUUUACAGUAUGUCCUCACUGAAUGUUGAUGAUGACCAGUCAACAUCGGUCACCAAUCCACGCAGACACAAGACCAACUAUCUAAAGAAGGUUGUGGCAGCCAAACGAGAAGAGGCUGAAGCAGAAAAUCGUGUUACAAUUAAACUUGAAGAUGUAAAGAAACUUCGUGAAAGCCUUCAAAUGAAUACAAAUCUACGACAAAGCUUGGCUAUGGAAGUUGAUUCUGAAUUUGAAGAGGAGAUAACAGAAGAAAUAGUUCAGGAUGACUCGGAUGAAGGGAGAGUUUCCCCAGUUGUUGAAGAAAUUGAGGAAGAGAUUUCAAGCGAGGAUGAUAACAGGGAGAGAGAAGAGCAUACCAUCAAGCCACUGGAUGUCUUGAAGCCUGGAAACACACUUGUUUUGGAGUUUCAAUCUUUGCCACGCAACAAUGCCAGCAAAACUUCCCGUCCACUUUCUGCAAAUGUGAGAAACUCAAAUAGUAGAACAGACCCCAAAGAGGAGGCGUCUGCUGUGAUCAAAGCUUUACAAGAGGAAAACAAGAAGGUGGAGCUGUUUUCUAGGUCUUCAAGUUCUAGACCUCUGCCACAGCCUAAGAGUAUACCUGGAGUUCCUAGAGCUUUGCCCUCUCCUUCUAAAGAAAGCACUAAAUUGCUCACCCCCAUGAAGUCUUCAUCAAAUCCAGAUCAAGCUAGAUCAGACAACCCUGCAGUAGAAAGCAAGCUUCCGUCUGCUGGGGAUGACAACUCGAACAUCACUGCAGUAAUAGAGAGAGUUCUGAAAAUGAAUCCUAGACAACAGAAACAGUUGCUGCAGACAUUAAACCAUAUUGAUGUUGACGAGAAGAGUAUUGAUCUAAGCAAAGCUUCCAGACAGCUGAAUUCAGUUGCCAACAGCUGGGCUUUGAGAUCACCAGUUACUGAUCAUUUUGAGGUGACCUUAGAAAUCUUAUCCAACUGGGGCCACCCUUCUCUUGUUGGUCUGACGGAGCUGGAGUUCUUUGACCAGUCAGGACGCCUUAUUCCUAUUAAAUCUUCAGAUGUGUCCGUACAUGGAGCCAGGAGCAGCACAAACAAAGUAGACGUUAUUUUCAAUGGAAAGUCGAAGACUACAAGAGAAAGAAAUAUGUGGAGCUGUUUAUUCGAUGGUCGACCGGUUGAAUUUUCUAUUCAGAUAGUUAAUCCCCAUCCUGGUAAACAGUUUCACCUAGGUUCUGUCAAAGUUUGGAAUUGGAAUAACAAGAUCAGUAAUCUGGACAUUGGUGCUCGUGAAAUUAAAAUUGUCCUUGGUGGGGAACUGCUGUUUCAUGGUGAAGUGGACAAAGGAUGUGGAAAUCAAGUUUUUGACUAUAGCAAACACAUUACAUUCUCACAUUUGGACAAGACAAAUAUCUCUCCUGCAAAGAAACCCGUGACAAAGUCUGGGCUUUCGCUCAACCUUAGCAAUGCUGUGGAGUCAAGUAAUGUUUGUCAAAGUCCUCGUGGACCUGGUAGACAAUUGCCGAAUCUCAUGUCUCCAACGGAAGCACAGAAAUCUCCAGCCACGGAGGAGAAUCAGAGAGUGACUUCUUCCAGAAGCCAUCAUAGCUUCAGGAGCAUCUCACGCUCGUCUCAGUCCUCGGCUUCUUCCUCAGGUUCAGCUAAAGUGAAAGGUCAAACUGAUGGCAGGGGAGAGGAAGGACAAGCAGAUGGUCAGUUCCGAAGUGAAACUCGUACUUUGAACUAUUCAACCAUAUUUGCGGCACAGAGUUCAAAUAAAUCAGUGCCAACAAGUCCUGAAGUCAGUGUGACUGACUCUGAUCUGUCUAAAAUACCAGAAAAGAAGAGAGCACAAACCCCUAAGAAGACCAACAGUAUAGCAGCUAGACUAAGUGGGAAAUCAGUGGAAACUGAAAGCUCUUCAAAAUCUAAUACAGACAGCUAUGAGUCCAAACCGCCACUACCACCUACUGAGAAGUCUAAUGAAAAGAUCAGUUCCUCAUCACGUUCUGUUGACAGAUCAUCAAACAUGACCAAAUCAAAACUCUCACCAAAAUCAUCCCGAUCAGAGCCUCACAUGUCACCACAGCCCAACUCAACAUCUGCAAACACCAGCCUGGCAAACAGUUUACUGGUUAAAAGUCAAGACACAAAGAUAAAAGUUGAGCAGGACCGAUCUCUUGUGGACAAGAUAAAAACAAUGGGUCAAAGUGAGAAUAAAAGAAAGAAAGACAUACCACGAUGGCUGAAAGGGGAUGAAACAGCUGAUUUACCUGAAAAUGAGAGCGGUAGAAAGUCCACAUCUGGGUUAUUGAGAAGGGCAGGAGGGAAGGUGGAGGAUGAGGCAAUUCAGAAACAGUUGGAUGAAGAGCUGGAGAGAUUCUCACAGUCUAGGGCCAGGUGGAGGAGUAGAGAUGAAAACCUGGAGGAAUCAUGGGGCUCUCUUUCCUUCUUCAACAAGUCCCACAGAGGCAGAGUAUCUGUUGAUAUUGCAGACGAUGAACUUGAGGAAUAUUUAAGUGUGUCCAGAAAGCCACCCCCAGAAAUUGCAGACAGUGCACCUAAAGUGUCUUCUCUGUCCAAUGAUGACUGGUUGGAUGAUGAUUCAGAGUUCACUAUCCCUGAGCUACCAUAUGGAAGAGAACUGGUUAUUAACAUCAAAACUACCUGGGGAGAUCACCAUUAUGUUGGUCUCACUGGCUUAGAGCUUUUCUCAAAUCUGGGAGAAAAAGUACCAGUUGCCAAGAUUUGGGCAAAUCCUAGUGACAUUAACAUCCUACCAGAGUACAACAAAGACCCUCGUGUGGUCACCAAUAUCAUUGAUCAGGUCAACCGUACCCGAGAUGAUGUCCACAUGUGGCUAGCCCCGUUUAACCCAGGAAAGGAUCAUUUCAUCUACAUCACUUUUGUCAAGCCUUGCAAGCUUGCGCUGAUGAGGAUUUGGAAUUACAACAAGUCACGCAUUCAUUCAUACCGUGGGGCUAAAGAUGUCAUCAUCACCCUUGAUGGCACAGAAAUCUUUAAAGGAGAAAUUGCUAGAGCUUGUGGAGGAAUCGAAGGAGGCACAGAAGCUUUUGGCGAUACUAUCCUGUUUACCACUGAUGAGAAUAUACUUGAGGCGGUAUCACAAAAUGAUGAUGCUUUUGAGUGUAACAUGCCAGGUGAUGAUGAGGAGGAUGUUCCUUUUGAAAGACCCAGCACAGCGAAUGCGGAAGAUGAAACACGACCAUUUACCAGAGCUGCAGGUUUGCUGGGAUCUGAGAAGAAGAACAAUAUCUCACAUGCAGCUAACUUGAAUUUUGUGACUUCUGUUGGAGACGUGCUGGUGUAUAAAACUAAUAAACUGCAACUCAUUUUUACGGCAACAUGGGGUGACCUUCAUUAUUUAGGCCUCACUGGCUUAGAGAUUGUUGGUAGUGAAGGGGAGACAAUCCCUCUGACACAGAGUAUGGUUACUGCUUCGCCAAAAGACUUGAGGCAUCUGGCAGGCAAUGACAAAGAUGAUCGUACUUUGGAGAAGUUGUUAGAUGGUGUUAACAUCACCUGCCUGGACUCCCACAUGUGGCUGAUUCCCUUCACAAAAGGUGGUAGCCACACAGUCACUGUCACAUUCCCCCAGCAAACACUGGUGACUGCAGUCAGGAUCUGGAAUUAUAACAAAAGUCCUGAGGAUACGUACAGAGGG